AUGGGAAAGCUUGUCAAAUUAAUCGGCGCCGGUAUUGGGUUCACAUCAGAGGCUAUCCAGGCUGUUCGCUCAGGAUCACGAGAGCCAUCUUCUGCUCAACCAUCUUCCUCAUCUGCAGCACAUGAUCCACAAGAUGCUCCACCUGCCUAUGGCGAUUCGAUUAAUCAAAAUGGCUAUGGGGAAUCUUCUCGCAGCGUAUAUGCCCAGCACGAUCUAGCCGGCCCUGACGAGAAGAAUCAAUCCAAAGCGGCCGAGGCCGGGUAUGACUCGGAGAGCGACAGCUCGGAUUCAGACCACCACGAUGCCUUUGAACAAGAUGAAGCUGAGUGGGAGCUCGAUGAAAUGGCAGAGCGGGUCAGACCUCCAAAAUAUGAGGAGUCUGAGACUCUGUCAACAGGCAGUUUGGAAGGUGAUCGAAUGAUGAGAGAGGAGCAAAUGAUACGCGGGCUUGUGCAGAUGGCCGGUCCGCCGCAACCAGUUCAAAAGCUCACCUGUCCCGUUAUUAUCCCACAACGUCGACCCAGAAAGAAGCAAUAUGGCUUUGUGCGGGCCUAUUCUCCUGUUCUCGCUGACUGCGGUGUCAGUCAAGAGCUUUUUUUACAGUUUCUCGUGGACUGGGAGAAGACAAGCAAGUCCGAUAAAUGGAUUGAUGUUGUCUAUAUGGCUGCAAAUGUGAUCGGCUUCGUUCCUGAAUUAGCAGCCCAGAUUAUCAGUCCCAUCGUGGCCACAGCGGCUGGAACAGCCAGAGAACUUCAAUCACGAUCACGCCGGAAUACAUUCCUUGACAAAUUCAACGAAGAUGUUCUCAUUCCCCGCGGGCUAUUUGGUAUGAUCAUGUCAUUCAAAGAAUCAAUCCCAGGCGAACAAAAAGGCGCAUUGCAAAAGCUCUCGACUACUUUAGGCCAAACAAUAUUUACGAGUAAAAAGCUUAAUAUCGACGAAGUGGCCGCGAAGUACAGCAAUCCGGAUCCAAAUUUGUCCAAAACGAAGCAGAAAAUGAGCAAUAUCCGACUCGCCAGCGGUCGGAUCGAUGGAGAGUUUGAACUUUCCGAAGCUGCUGAACUCAUCUAUCCCGAUUUAGAUCGGGUUGUAGAACAGGCAGUCAGGGACCAAGAUAACGGAAAGGAGGCUAGCAUGGGUGAUAAAUUCAAGCAUGCAAGCUCGUGGGUCCAAGACUACUUUGAUCGCAGAGGGCAGGCGUUUCAUGAAGCCGAAAAUGACGACCACUCUCGGGCUUCACAAUCAACAUGGCAGUCCCAAUUCCGAUCACGAUACAGCGACCCCAACCACCCCGCCAAUAGUGGAUCUCUGGUCGCACUCUUGACUGGCGGGGCCGUUAAUCCCGUGCCCAGAAGGAAAGCUCGCCGAAAGGCAAGACGCGAAAGACGAAAUGAUAGACGUGUUGCCCGCGGCCGGCCAGCCAGAGGUCCUCGAGAGAAAAGGAAACGUCGCCAGGGCACUGUCAAAAGGCUCUUACAAGAGGACAUCCUCUACUUUUUCGUCGUCAAUCUUCCUAGCCAGGAAGAAGUUCAACAGUCGGUUGAUCAGUUGGAGCGCUUGAUGUCCGAGCAUGGAGAAUCUUCGUCAAUUUCGAGUCAUUGA